CGCAGGCCUGCACCACAGCAGAUGGAUUAAACAUCACAACCUUUACGCAGCAAAUUAACCGUUGUGGAGAUGUGCUACUUUAACAAAAAAACAAAAACAAAACAUGUACUUACAUUACCGAGUUAACCGAUGAAAUAUACAAACAGUGCGUUAUUAUAUACAGAAUAAUCUAUAUCGUGUUUUUUUUCUGAUUGCUAUAUUUGCGGCAAACCCGCGGAUGAUGAAACAAUAAUCCUGCUCCCAAUUUAAUCUCCCGGAAAACGAGUCUGCAGCCGGGAGGAGCCCGACUCAGGGGCCGGCCAUGCUGUUACUAACGGCAACUAACUUCAGGGCUCAAUUACAACGUGCUCAGACCACUCUUGGUAACUGGGUUAUGGUUCAAUCCCAGUGAAACCAUUAAAGGGGUCUAAAUGAAACCAUAUUCCAUCGUACCGAACAUGCAAACCAAUUCAUUGCAUCUGAACGCAUGCGCACAUGCGCACCAGAUCACCGGCGCCCUGCGCUGGCGUCAUGAGCCGGGAGAGUGAGUGCGAUUUAUCUCAGGAGGAGAGCAUGGAAGUGGACUGCAACCACUGUGUGUUUGAAGACAGCUCCGAGCUGGGGGACUUGGACGCUGUAGACGCGAAGGACAUGAGGCUGGAAGCACAGGCUGUGGUGAACGAUGUCCUUUUUGCAGUCAGGGAAAUGCAUGUCGCCCACAGCCUGCAGAAUGCCGUGGACGUGGCGCACAUCAACGUGGAGACGAGGGAAGGGAACCGGUACUGCUUGGAGCUCACGGAGGCUGGGCUCCGGGUGGUGGGGUAUGCCUUCGACCAGGUGGAUGAGAGCAUGAUGACCCAGUACCACGAGACGGUUUACUCCCUCCUGGAUUCUCUCAGCCCAGCCUACAGAGAAGCGUUCGGAAAUGCUCUGCUGCAGAGACUGGAGAGGCUGAAUCAGAAUGGACGAUAGUAACUUUGGCAUUGCGAGUUGGCUGAAGAAGGGUUGUUGCUAGCUUUACCGGAGGGGUCUUUAAAACCUGCAUAGUUAACUGCUUAACUGCUACAUUUCUGAUAACCUCCAUUCUUAAAGCCUGCAAAGAUUCUCUUGUUUCUGUCUACAUCAUUGGGUGCUAGGCUCAGUAUAUUCACGGCACUGACACCCAGGGUAACCAAAAUGUAAAGUCUGUUUUCUUACAUGGUUAAAUCAACAGAGAUGUAUGGAGGCAAAACAGGUGUGUUCUAUUGAAUGGUUUUUAGUUUCAGUAGUUUGCAGCCCAGUAUUUUAUUUAGAUUUUAAUUCUGAAAUGAUAAUCCCAGACACCUGGCUCUUCAGUAGUGGCUACAGGAAAUAAUGAAGUGUGAUUGUAACAUGCAGAAUGCACUAGAUUCCUCAAGCAACUUUUUCACGAUAAAAUGGCCAUACAUGCAUUUGCUAAGCAGCCAUCUUCCUUUAACGUUUGUUAGACGGUGGUAUUUGAUACUGAGACGCAGUGUGGUGUUGAUCAGGACAGUGCUGUUGUGGAUCAGGCAGAGAAGAGAGAGAACACCACGUGGCUCCAGAUCCAUUAGCAUCAACCAAUUUAAUGUUACACUUGCCUUAAAUAUUGACCGCGGUAUUACCUUUGGGUAUACAGAUUUGGUCACGAAAUGGAAGUCCAUUUUAAAUUGUUUCUGUAAAAUACAGUGAGAGUCUGAACAUCUCAACUGUAAUGCUCACUGGCUUUAAUGAGAAAGGACUGUUGUUAAUAAAUGAUAAGAGUAUAACAUCGGAGUGCGUGCUGCUAGAACAAUGCCUUUAAAGGCGAACCCCUGCCAUCUUCCACUUGUCUUUGCAUCAAAAUGUUUUCCUCCCCCAAACUUUGUUUGAUACCAUCUUUUUUUUAUUUUUUCUAAUCCUGAAAUGUAUUGAACAGCGAUAGGAACUUGACAUGUUUGGGAUGUCUCUAAAGCACUUGAGUGAUCGUAUGGGGAUUUGUUUGGCUAGGACAUUUACUUGACCAAAAACUGUCCAAUAAUCACUCAGAUGGGUAGCCCAAAAAACCCACAAAAGGAAUAAACUGCUGCUCAUUAUUGAGUUCUUUGGUGGAUGUUUAAAUGUAUUUUAUAGGGGAUUUCUUCAGGCUUAUCACAGACAUUCAGAGCAAAUGUUCUUAGCUGGUGUACAUCAUUAGAAAUGCACAUUGUUUGCACAAUAAAAUAGUCGCCAAACUGCUUAUGAAGUAAGUUUAUUAUAUUAUACAUUGAAAUGGAAGAAAUACUUGUUACAUUUUGAACAUUCUCUCAAUGUUUGAACCUAGGAGGUUGUAGGCUCCUUAUUGUGGUAAAUGGGUUCUAUAGCUAUGAAAACUCCCAGUCCCUUUUUGGUUUCUGCGUAGGGAAAUGAAGACACUCCUGAAUCCGUAUCUUUGUAAUGUUGUGUUAUAUAAUGUGUUGCAUUAUCUCCCUGUAUGGAUUACAGACUGCAAGCCUCCUGUGUUUUCUGUCUUCCUACAGGCUUCACAUUGCUGCAGUGGUUUGUUUCUGUGUGCUUGUCACCCUUAACUGCCUGUUUCGUUCCUGUUUCAAAAAUAAAACAGCGUUUGGUAAAAUGCUAACAUUGUAUUCUAUUUUAAACCAAAAAGUUGUGCUAAAGAAAAUAAACAAGUUCAAGUAAA